CUCUUUUGUCUGUACGUGCCUAUCAACGAGUAAACGCGCGUUCGAUCGUGCUGCGUAUCUUCCGAUUUCUGUGGCUCGUAGUUUUGAACCGAAAGUUUUCUUUUUUUUUCGUGUCGUAAGCGCGUGAUCGGCAUCCGUCUGCUCUGCACUCGUGUUAAAAAAUUUAAUCGUAAUGACUUUGACUUCUUAAUCUAUCGAGAUCUGUGCCACAUUCGUGCGUGUUAUGUAUACUUUGGUCGUCGAAGUAUAUAGCUGCCGACUGCCUCGUGUAUUUGUUUUGAUUUGAGUUCAGUGUUUCACGCGAGUUUUGCUUUUGUUCUACACUGAGCUGUGUAUAAUUCUGCCGAGACUUCGGACACUUGAAAACUUUACGUUGAAAUCGACGUUAUUCGAGCAUUUAAAAAUCGUGCCUGACUAUAACCGCCGGCAACAUGACGUUAGGCAGCGACGAGAUUAUCCCCGUACCCACGGAUGUCACCGCCGAGAUCAAGGCUCAGCUCGACUCCAUCGUGGCGCAGGUGCACGCCAUAAAUCUGCGGUGCAAAAAGAUCGAGGACUUGAUCGCGGACGCCAACAAGAAGAACGACGACACUCGGAACGAGCUGGCCGCUACCAGGGCCGAAGUCGGGCAGCUCAAGGAGUACUUGCUCAUACAGCCGAGUACCGAGUUGCGCGUGAACGGCUUACCCCUGUCCUUGCCUCACGAUACAACCGAGGCCCUGAGCAAUAUCUUCAAGUCCAUCCUGAAAGUGCUCGGCGCAGACAGAUGUCACCAAGACGUGCUGCGGUACAAGUUCUGCAAGGGGGGCCCGGCGUCGGCUCCGCAGACUGACCACGAUAAGCCGCUUAAGUCAGCGCCAUCCACCACCUUCUCGUUCGUCGCUAUCUUCACGCAGAACGUGUCGCGAGCUCACGUCGUGAAGCGCAAGCGCAUCCACGGACCUCUGAAACUUUCCGAGAUUGCUCCGGAUCAUGCUGGGCCCGAUGUCCAGGUCGAUCUCUGCGAGAACAUGACGCCGUACAUCUACAAGCUGUUUCGCGCGGCGAAGGCCCGUGCCAAGCAGCAAGGCUGGAUCACCGUGUAUCAACAAGAUGGGCAGUUGUACGCGCUCAAGACCCGAGACAGCCAACCGAUCGGGAUUUUUAGUGAAAUCGACCUGGCUUCCAUCGUAUAAUAAUUACGGCACCACCCGAUGUUUUCCAAUUUGACGCAGUGUGCAGCUGCAAUUUGAAGCACCGACCCAUUCAGCUGUGGCGCUCGCGAAAUAUUUAUAGACGUCUAGACGAGCCAUUAUGGCAGGGAAAAAAAUUCAUCGGGGGAAUCGAAGAACGGUAGAAUAAAUGGUUUUCUCUCUAAUGAGCUUUAGAGGCCAUUCUUAAUUUUCUUGCGCGUAUUUUUUUGGAAAUACUUUUCCAAAAAAACUAAUCCAAAAAAACCGUUAAAUACUAAUUAAUUGUAGUUUAUAAAAACUGAUAAUACAUAAUUAUUUGUUCCUUUCUUCUUUAAUUUUGAAAUACAGCUCUUUUGACUCAAACAGUGUA